UGUUCUUGCAACAACGUUCAGAAUCACAAUGCAGCCCUUUCUCUCGCCCUUUAAUCCAACCACCAUCACGAUCCUCCAAAGCCCGUUCUCCAAAACUUUUAUUUACUCCAAGAAUGCAGAGUAGUCGUGGUCAGAUCAACGCCGAAAACCUGAGAAGGCAGGAUCGAUCUUUCGUUGAGGACUAUGCAGAGCGAUAUGAUUUAGAUUUGUCUAAACCGCUGCCCACCGAAGAGAUAAUCUCCAGGAUAUUUAUUAAGGGCAGGAAGACCAUCCCAAUUCUGCAGCACCAUAUCUGGGAAGGCGACGAAGACCGCGUCGAACUCACCGGACGACUCGAAUUUCCCCAACAUGAGUCGUUGCUUGCAGAUGAUCAACCACAACAACUCACCUCCUCUCGACUGUUCUUGCCUGAAACGUUUCCACCUCCACCAAACGAUACUUAUACCCCUUCACAUUCCCCAUCACCUGCUCCCCCUGACUGCGGUUGGUCUGGUUCUGAUCCAGCUUCUGCGUAUAGUCAAGGAGGCCAUCCAGCAUCACCCCCUCGCAUGGCCUUCACCUAUCCUCCCCAAGGUCGGCCACAUCGUGAUUCCAAAGGUCGUGUACGGGAAGGCCAUUUCGAGCCCCUACCCGAGAACUGGUUGCAUGAGAUGUUGUGUGACUUUGAGAGAGGUAGGAACGACUUGACAUCCGAUCUCGAAGAACUGAUGCGGUCCGUGAAGGACACAUCGUACCAGGUACUCAACCUCUAUACUGAGAUCAAAAGUGAGAGGAGGGAUAUCAAAAUCUUCGUCGACGCAAUCGAGAAAGUAUGCGGCAACGAGAUUCUCAAUCAGAUCAAGGCAGACGCCCGAGCAACCGUUCUGGCCUCCAGGGAAAGCCCUGUUUCUCAAAACCACGCACAUAACGGUUCAUCUCAAGGACGAGUGAGAGUUCCGGUAAACUCAAAAAAGAAGGUCAUUCUCGGUACAGAACCGCUCCCAACUCCUAGCUCCCCUACCGGUACCCCAAACGCCACUUCCACUACCUGCGGGGUUGAGAGCUCCGAACCAGGGAAAGCUCAUCCCUCAGGGAUCAAACCAAUAGCUCCUAGAGCGAAACGUUCUUUUGACGAUAUCAACGACGAAUGUUCAGACGGUGCAGAGUCGUCUAGCUCUUCUUCCGACUCAUCUUCCAACCGAAACAAAAGGACGAAACGUACGAACGACGCCAGCGAUGACGAUGAGGGCAGUGGAAGUGACGAUAGUGACGCGGGCGACGACAGUGCACCGAAACCGGGUGGUUCCUCCAUCCGCCAGCCUGAUGGAAGCGAAGAGAGCAAUGGUGUGGUGCGUAAAUCGCCUUCCCCUCAGCCGCAACUGGUGUAUCCCGAUGCUCAUCCUUCACGUCGACACACCCACACCGUGCCUAGUGGACGAGGAAACGGACCCAGUUCUCCUGGUCCGUCCACAGUUACUGCAGCGCCUAGACGGGGCCGUCCUUUGACUAGGCAGUACAAUGUUUGGUUUAGUCUCGAGGACCCUCCUGCCCCAUCGUCAACUUCACCAGAGGCUGGUACUCCCCCUGAAACCACUGGGCAGACGACGUCGAAUCCUUCCCCGGAGUCAAACCAAGCGGAACCCUCUAUCGCCUCUGCUGCACCUGUCGCUUCGACAUCAGCAGCUGCAUCCGGGUCAAGUUCAUCCUCCGUCCGUCAUCGGUCUCCUUCAGCUGAACUACCCCCCAACAAUGAUUUUGAUCAAUUCUUCCGUAACGCUGGCUGGAAUCGGCCUGCCCCAGCACCGUCCAACCUCCGACGUCGACCAUUGAGACGCGAAAACGAGAGAAUUGCCAUCGAUCCCAUUACGAACAGGAUCGUCGCCUACGAUAAUGACAGGGACGGACCGGACUUUAGUGUAGCAAGAGCGGCUCAAGCUGAAGAUGAUAUUGCGACUAUCAGGCGACUUGCUGAGGAGAUGGAACCAGUUGUGGUUCUCGAUGAAGAGCCAGAUUUUAUGGACGACGAGGAAGUGGUAUUGGGCGAACAUGAUGACUUGCCGGUUUGAAAUCCUAAUAAUGUAUUUCUAUUAUGUUUUCUCUUUAUUCUUACUUGCUCUUGCUGUCGGUUGCCUGGUGAUUCUUCAUGGAAGCAGUAAACACCUUCGUACGACCAACAUUCCUCUAUUCCACAUCAUUCUACCAGUUUAGCUACCUUGAUACCACUUGGGUGUUACUUUGGAAAAUGCGCGUGUCAAGCGACAGCAGCGUGGACAACGGGCUGUUGCUAACAGAUGAUAGAGGAAGCGUAGGACUUGGUAACAAGAGAGGGAGCACUAGUGUGUAUGGAAGGCAAAGCCUCGGAUGCC